AUGCGUCCCCACACGGCACGUCUUCUACCCCUCGCCGCGGCGCUGCUAGCCGGCACCGACACGUGCAGCAACUUCGCCAACGCAAACCCCGUCUCGCGCAGGAUGCCCGACAACACCCAGCCCGUCGGGACGAACCCCAUCGCCAACCCCAAGGUCGACUACCUGGGCUUCCAGACCGCCGACAACAGCUGCUCCCACCGCGAUCUCGGCUUCACGGGCGCCAUCGCCGGCAAGUACUACGCCGUCUGGGGCGACACGCUCUGGUGCGAUGCCGGCGUGACGGACCCCGCCAAGGACACCUCCGGGUUCCACGGCAUGGUCCGCGACGCCGUGUCGGCGACCACGAACAACCCGCUGCUUGUGCACGACUUGAACCUGGGAAGCAACGGGCGCCAAAACCAGUUCGUUCCCUUUAACGCCUCCUGGGGUGAGAAGCAAGACACUGGGUUUGGCGGGACCAGUUUGGUCGAGGUGAAUGCUGCCACUAAAACCGGCGCGGUGUUCUACCUUGUUAACCAAAACUCCAACGGGCUCGUGGGCGCUGGCAUCGCCAAGGUCGACGUCAUCAACGGCACUCCAACCGUGACCAAGCGCUUCGGCGAUCAGGGCUUCUGGUGGCCGGCCAACACCAACCCGCGAUAUGGCGACAUCAUGGCCUUCCGCGACCCCCGCUCCGAGUAUAUUUACGCCUGGGGCGGUCCCCCGACGACCAAGACCGGCUGGGUCGACGGCAGCUACGUCUACAUGGUCCGCGUCAAGGCCAGUGACGCCUUCGACUUGACCAAGUACCAGUACUGGUGGGGCCGCCAGCAGGGCUGGAAGUCGGACCGCUUGACCACUUUCACGUCUGAGACUGCCGUUCUUUGGGGCACUGGCCAGGGCCAGGUUGUCUGGAACCAGUUCUACCAGUGCUACAUCAUGGUUCACCUCGGCAUUGGCGGCGGCGCUGUCUUCUUGAGAACAGCCCCUAGCCCUGAGGGCCCGUGGACUCCCGAUGUACAGAUCUUCCAGGCUCAGCCUAUUGACAACGGCCUGGUCUAUGCUGGCGUUGCUCACCCCUACCUUGACGAUUCUGGAAAGACUUUGACCAUGUCUUUCACCAACAAUAACAGAAUCCAGGUGAUCAAGGCUACCUUCUCCAAGUGA